AUGAACUAAAAUCUGAUAAAAAUUUAGUAUGAUGAUAAAUCAUAUGAAUUCCCAGCAUUAUCUGUAUCGCCUUAUACUCUAUUCAAAUAGAUUUCUGAAAAAGCGAAUCUUUAGAAGUCCCAAUAAUCAUUCCCUUUACUGGCCUCGAUAUUUUAUCAAAAUCCUGAGUUUCAAAACAACAUUGUUGACCCCGAUCAGAUUGAAGAAGAUUCUGUUUAAAUGAAUCAAGAUAAAUGGCAGUAUGUGGAUUUAUAAAAACCAAUAAUGGGCGAUUGCUAAAUAAAAUUCCUAACUUAGGAAGAUAAUAAAGAUAUUGUUUAAAACACUCUAUGGCAUUCCUCUGCACAUAUAUUGGGUGCAGCUAUCGAAGAAGUAUAUGAUGAUAGCUUAAUGACCAUGGGUCCAGCAAUUAAAGAAGGAUUUUUCUAUGAUUUCCAUACUCAAUCAAAGGUCACAUAGGAGACUUACAAUGAUUUAUAAAAGAACAUAGAUUAGAUAAUCAAGAAAAAUCAUAAAUUUGAAAGACUAGAAAUUUCAAAGGAAGAGGCAUUAGACCUCAUUUAUAAAAUUGGAGAAUUUAUUGAUCUAUGCACUGGACCUCAUUUAAGUUAGACUGGCUAGGUGAAAGCAUUUAAGAUAACUAAACACUCCUCAGCUUAUUGGCUUGGUGAUUAGAAGAAGGAAUCAUUGUAGCGAGUUUAUGGAAUAUCUUUUUUAUCAAAGGAUGAAAUGAAAGCAUAUGAAAAAGCAAAGGAAGCUGCCUUGAAAAAUGAUCAUAGGAAUAUUGGUUAGGAUUAAAGCCUAUUUUUCUUCAAUAAAUUCUCUCCUGGAAGCGCCUUUUUCUUAAGUCACGGGGCAAAGAUAUAUAACAAAUUAGUGGAUUUAAUGAGGAAUGAGUAUCUGAGAAGAGGAUAUUAAGAAGUUCUAUCUCCAAAUCUAUAUCAUAUAGAUUUGUGGAAGGUAUCAGGACAUUACAGAAAUUAUAAGGAAAAUCUUUUCUUGAUUAAGAAUUAAGAUCACGAAGAUCAAACCAAGCCAUUAGAAACCUACGGACUUAAGCCAAUGAACUGUCCUGGUCAUUGCUUAAUCUUUAAGAAUCGUUCCUCAUCUUAUAAAGAACUACCAAUUAGGUAUGCUGAUUUUGGAGUACUUCACAGAAAUGAGAUCAGUGGUGCACUCACUGGACUAACUAGGGUAAGAAGAUUUUAAUAAGACGAUGCUCAUAUAUUUUGCCGAAAAGAUCAAAUAGAGGAGGAAAUAGAAAAAUGCUUAGAUUUCUUGAACACAAUAUACUCGUUAUUUGGAUUUAACUGGCAAAUAUUUCUAAGUACUAGACCAGAAUCAUCAAUGGGCUCUGAUUAGUAAUGGUAGGAGGCUGAGUUGUAGUUAACAAAUGCUCUAAAUAAAACAGGUAAACCUUGGAAAUUAAAUAAAGGUGAUGGAGCGUUUUAUGGUCCUAAAAUUGAUAUCAUCAUUUAGGAUAGUGUGGGUAGAGAUAUUUAAUGCGGAACUAUACAGCUAGAUUUUUAAUUGCCAAUUAGAUUCAAUCUUUAAUAUUCUGCAGGACACUCUACCGCAGAAGAUAAUUCAGAGUAAGAUUAAGAUGAAAAAUCAGGAUGUCAUUAUGAUAAAACUGAGUUAGCUAGGGAAGUAUUUGAGCCAGAUGAAUUUAGUUCUUAAUAAUUUGUCUGGGAAGAGCAACCAUUAAGGAGAGGACAUGAGAGGCCAGUUAUUAUUCAUAGAGCAAUUUUGGGUUCUGUUGAGAGAUUUAUUGCUAUAAUUACAGAGCAUCUAGCUGGCAAGUGGCCUAUCUGGUUAUCUCCUAGAUAAAUUCAAGUAUGCAGUGUUUCGGAAAAAUAUAUCGACUACUCAGCAUUAGUAUAUAAAUAACUGAAAGAACUCGGCUAUGAGGUAGAACUAGAUGUAAGCAAUACAAGUGUGAGCAAGAAAGUUAGAAAUGCCUAGCUAGAUCAAUCAAACUUAAUUCUAAUAGUGGGUGAGUAAGAGGAGAACUCAAAUGCUGUAGACAUUAGAACAAGAGAAGGAGAUAGGCUUGUAAGUUAUAAAAUAAUUAUAAUGUUUAAAAUUAGGGUAAAAUGA